UGUCGUCUUCGACGGAGAGGAACCAAGCCACCAAGGCACCGCGGCCGCGCUUCGUCUCCACGGCGGCCGGCACACGCUCGCAAACAAAAGACAGCGCGAACCUUAACACGAGGAGUCCCGCUCUCCUCCCCAGUCCCCACGCCCCACCGCUCGCUCGCUCGCUCGCUCGCAUCGCAUGCAACGACACGCGCGCGGCAACGCCUACCCCGUGAUCCUCUCUUCCUCUCCUUGCUUCAGGAUGCAUGCAUGUGCUCACUGUUCAGUUAUGCCUGCGAUCGAUGCUGUGCACGAAACACCAAAGCGAAGGGGAAAGAGAGAGCGACGCCGAUCGAAACGCCAUAAAGGAAGAGGGAGAGCUCCCUGGCCGGCGGCUGCACGUACAGAUAACCAGGCCAGCGAUGCGACAGCCAUGGAGACCUCCAAGAAGGAUAACCUCUGCGACAUGCACCGCUCCCGCCGCCGCGCCCGCGUCCUCGCCGGCGCCCUCCUCGCCGCCCUCCUCGCCGCCGCCGCGUUGCUCGCCGUGUACCUGACCUACCGCCCCGCGAAGCCGCAGGUCUCCGUGUCCCGCGCCGCCGUGUACCAGCUGGAGACCGCCGGCAAUUCCUCCUCCCCGGCGGACCCGGCCGCGGCGGCGGCGCCCUACGCGAUCGCGGCGAGGGCGCAGUUCACGCUGCUGCUGCACAACCCGAGCGACCGCGCCGCGGUGCUCUACGACGGCCUCCUCGCUUACGUGACGUACCGCGGGGAGCCGGUGGCGCCGCCCGCGGAGCUCCCCGCGGUCGUCCAGGAGCUCGGCGCCGACGUGGCGCUGACGCCGUCCUUCGGCGGCCUCGGCGGCGGCGCGGGGGCGGAGCCCGUGCCGGUGUCGGAGGCCACGGUGCGCGCGCUGGCGGGCGACUGCGCGGCGCGCCGCGUGCUGCUCCGGCUCGUCCUCCUGGGCCGGGUCAGGUACCGGAGCGGGCUGUUCAGGACCGGGUGGCGCGAUCUCUUCGUGCGCUGCGACGUCACCACCGGGGUCGGGGUGGACGCCGGCGCCGGGGGCGUGCCGCUGCUCGAGUACCCCCAGUGUUUCGUGGACGCCUGAGUUGAUCGGUGCGGGGCAAGUCCGUGCUCAUGCUCAGAUAAUCAGAGUUGUGGUGGUGGGGAAUAAGGACUGCAGAAAGCAUACCUCUGUCUUGGGAA